CAUUAACCCAGCAUGUUAAUAAUAAUAAUAAAGUCGGCAUGCUGUCUGCCCGAGCCAGCCAACUGACUAUCGUCUUUCUGUCUCUGAUUGCGUGGCCCAGCUUCUCCCUCGUCUAUUCGCUUCAAAUCUAGUCAGAAGCCUGGUCAGAGCUACCCCCCUCCACCGCCAUAUUACUCUCAUUAUUACCUGUCUCGCAGCUAAAUUCUCAAUCACCGACCCCGGUGGGCAAGGGACAUCUGAGGGGGAAAAGCAACAAAAUACCCAUUUCACGAACCCACUCCGAAUAAUGCAAGUGCUUCCGACGUCUUUUAAAAUAACAGGCCCACUCUCUCCUCUUAUGAUUAUUACAUCACCUCGCCUCUAUCUGUUGUUGCUGCUCGUUUAGUCGUGUGCUGCUGAGGUAGUAUACUAUAUUGCUCGGUCCGCAAGGACAGCAGAAUGAUGGACGCAGUUUCCACUCAUGACUUUGAAGACUGGCCGGACUGGCCCCUUCGCAAUUCACGAUGUGUCAGCUACAUUUCGACGACGACACAAAACUCGGAAACAAGCCUGUUGUCUGACAAGACUUAUAUCCCCCCGCCGAGUCCCGCAACGUCGACCUCGCCCACAGUGAGCGAUCAUCUGAGAAGCCCGCGAUUAAUGCCAGACGAGGUGGUUCGACUCAAGCUAAGGCCUUCUGUGACUAUAUCAUUCAUUCGAAAAUCCCGAUUAUUUCGCAUCCAAUACGGAUACAUCGAUAUUAUUAAAGAAGCGAACGGGACUCUAAAAUCUUUGGAACUCGGCGGUCAACAGCACUCGUUUGUGCAUACCUUCGCCAAUACCCGACUUCCGGUACCGCAUCUCGAAUACCCACGACUUUCCGAUGACACGCCUCUGCGGGUGUCUUUUCUAGAUGAACAGACAGUUCAGACGGCCAACACAACCUUUACAACGCAACUGUCUUAUACCUUCGAUAAUUGGGAUGACUGUGUCCGGUUCCAAGAAACUCUCCUAGCGUCGAAGCUCGUUUUUAUCGCCGGCAUUGCUGAAGCCAAGUCGAAGGGCCGUGGCGAAGAGUGUAUCAGCCAGAACCUGCGUCUGCUCCGCGGCCACCACGACCGCAUGGUGUUGCUGUUCUUUGCCAACUCUCAGCGGAAAGACAGGAAGCGAUAUGUAUCGGUGCCAUUGAACUGCAUCGACCGCAUCGACGUGCCCAAGAAGGCGAGUCGACCUAUCUCCCUACACCUCCGGCCAAACUUUGAGCUUCUGGCUGAGAUGAAGGUGCUACAGCUUCAAUUUCUGGACGACGAUGAACGCAAAGAGUUUGGCCAAAUCAUGACCAAAUUUCUCGACUGAUAUAUUUUUGAUGACUAAGUAUACUAUUACGCGGGUGGGGGAACUGGGCAACGGUUGGUUAGAAUAUGGAAUCUGUCUUUACGGUCUACGGCGUCUGAUAUGAUUGGGUUGCAUUACGGAGUUAUUGCAUAUAGAAGCUUUUGUUUCUAUUCUUCUUGGAUCUCUUUAUCUUCUUUGUUCGAAGAACCCAAUACCCAUCUCGUGAUGUUUUUGUGUAUAUCCCUUAAUUCGCUGCUUAUAUUUAUUAUUAUUAUUAUUAUAUAUAUAUAUUAUUCUAUUUGCUUUA